AUGAAAAAAGUACAAAGGGAAAAAAAAAAAAACAGAGGAAAAAAGUACAUUGACUUUUUAUAUGAAAAUACUAAUUUUUUAAAUAUGUUUACCUUAAAAUGAGAAGAACGCAUCAAAUUUAAUUUUUUGCUGCAUAUAUUAAUUCUCAAUCCACCCCCUUUAAAUUGGAACAAAAAAUUUUUUUUUGCUAGAAAAAAAUAUCACUUAACUUAA